AUGGACAUUGUUUUGUUCAUGCUAAACUCUUUUGGUGUUCCAAUAGCCAUCAUCCUAUACACACAUUUCAUCCUUGAUCUGGAAUUAAAAUUUGUGAUUGUAUCUGUGGUAUUCUUAACCCUUCCUCUCACCGCAUUUAUUUUCCCAUUCAUUACAAAUUAUUUUGGGUGUCGUGCUGGUCACAUUGCCACUUUUCAUCAUUUCUUAAGUCUGUUGUUUCAAGCUUUGUUACUUGCACACAAUUUCAAUGUGGACCGAUUAGAUUUAAUUCCAACUUGUCUGUUUUCCGGCCUUGGAAUUUUGGCUGUGUUGGCAUUUCUUGUCCUUUUAAAAAACAAGAAUUCAGCACUGAUAAUCAGCGUUUUCACAGUUCAGUCUCUUAUGUUCGGCCUGUUCAUUUCGAAUCAUUACUAUGCGACAAAGUCGAUACUUGCAGUUUGGAUUCUGUUUAUUGGCCGUUGUUUUGAUGAAAAUUCUGUCUUUUGGGUAACCACGUCAACAAAUGUUGAUACUACUGCUUCUCGCUGGUAUUCAGAUUUCAAGCAAAUUUAUUACGAAAGAACCAACGGCAAGAAAAGACUUUUUAUUGAUGUGACAAUUCAAUGUCUCACUUCACCAUUCCAUUAUUGGGAUUGUCUUGUGCUGUAUAGUUUAAAGGAUAAAAUUACUGCUCUACCAUUUGUUUUAUUACAUUUUACAACGCCUCUUAUUUUAAUAUAUACAAAGUAUAUUGGGUAUGGGUUUAUCGGUCUCUAUCUAAUAGCAUGCUCGCUUGAUUAUAUUAUUAGAGGUCAUGAAAGAUGA